AUGUCUCAUUUUCCCAUAACACACUAUCGAGUAUUCAAUGAUCCACAUGAUCGAUUCUUUGAUGAUCAACUACACUUAUUCGAUCCAUGGCGUGAUUUUGAUACAUUUCCAACAACUUUAUCAACUGCAUCAAGUCCAUUUCGAUGGAUUAAUCAACCACAUCGUUUAAAUCGUUCGUCAUCAACAUCAUCAUCAUCAUUUCAUACAACAUCAGGUAAUUCUGGUAGUGGUAAUACACUCCUUCCUCUGACAACUAUAACAACGCCAGCUCUUUCGGAGAAAUUUCGUGUUCAAUUAAAUGUCGAUGGAUUUACUCCUGAAAGUAUUAAAACAAGAGUUGAAGGUCGAAAAGUAAUUGUCGAAGCUAAACAAGAAGAUCGUCAAGGUGAUGGUAACUAUAGUAUACGUGAAAUACGAAAGACAUACGAUCUUCCUGAACAUGCUGAUGCAAACAAUUUAGCUUCAUUUGUUACACCUAACAAUAUGCUUGUUGUUGAAGUACCUGUUACUCAUCCACAUAUUGAACGUCGUUUAUCUCAAACACUUGCUGAUACUAAUACACUUGCUCAAUUUGGUCAAUAUCGUGAUCCAAUAUUUGAUUAUGCUGGUUUUAUUGGUUCAUCUGAUUUUCGUCCACGUAUUAUUGAUACGAAUAUCAAUGGACAAAAACAAUUAAAAAUGGCUCUAGCAGUUAAAAAUUAUCGACCCGAACAAAUUAAAGUUUCAGUAAAAAAUGAUGAAUUAAUUGUACAAGCUGAAAAUACUUAUAAUGAUAAUAAUCGUUCGGAACGUUCGUUUCUAACUAAAUCUAUUUCAUUACCACCAGGUACAAAAGUUGAUCAACUUCGAUCAUUUUUAAAUGCUGAUGGACAAUUAGAAAUUGAAGCACCAUUUUUCGAACCUAAUCAAAUGCGUCCAAUUGAAGUUCAACGUCUAUAA